AUGGAGAAAGAAAAAAUGCUUCGGGCGGCUGCCUUGUAUCGAUCCUACAGCAAUAAAUGAGAAUGAAGCGAGUGGAUCAAUGAAGCCUGGAAUCAUUGGUUCAGCAGAGAGUACUACUGGCUUGUAUUCUGAAAUCUGCUCAACUUCUGAAACGAAUAAUACUAUGCGAGAGUCUGAGGAAAGAUUUACAAGUAGAAAUGGAGGCAAGACGGAAACACGCUCUCUCAACAGUGCUCAAUCAUCGCAUGGUGCUCCUGGGUUUCCAAAGCAUGACAUAUCUAUUCAAGAGACACCCAAUCGUAGAGAUGAGGAAAUGGAUCAUUCUUUGUCUAAAAAUGACACGGGUCUUGCAUUAGAUGCAGCUGGAAAAGGAGACAUAUUGGCCAACAUGCCCAUCUCCUUGCCAAGAGUGUCCAUCUGGUGUGGCAAGAAAAAAUUGCUUGUUCUCGAUCUGAAUGGUUUGCUUGUUGAUGUUGUAAAUGAACCACAUAAUUCUCAAAGAGCUUUCAUAAAAGUUGCUAGAAAAUCAGGUGAGUCCUUAAACUCAGUUUCAGACUUUUACAGGUCGUUCUCUGACAUACGCUCUUUUUUUUUUCUAGUGUUUAAGAGACCCUUCUGUGACGAAUUUCUGAAGUUCUGCUUUCAGAGAUUUGAUAUUGGCAUUUGGUCGUCAAGAGUAAAGUAAGCUUUCAACCUAAGAGAUGGCCGUGAAAUUUCCUAUCUGUUUGCUGGCUGUGCCUUCUCCUCGCAGUAUUCAUGCUUGAGCAAGCCAUGACCAACAUGCCUUUCUAAUUCUAUGCAGAAAAAAUAUUGAUGUUAUGGUCGAUUUUCUUUUCGGAGAACAGAGAAAGGUGCUUCUGUUUUGUUGGGUAAGUGAGACUCUAAUUUUUAGCUUCAUGAUGACCUUAGAUGACAAGUGCUGACGAUAUCCUUGUGAAAUUUAGUCAAAGGAGUUUAAUUAUCUAACUAUUUGAUUCAUUGAAAUGAAACUUAAUCCGAAAAAUUAUUUUUCUGUAAACUUUGUGGCUGUAAAAUGUUAUAAUCCUGUUCCUUUCUUGCUACCAUGCACCAUAGAGUGAUCCUAGCGUUGAAGUGCGUUUCCCUCUGUGAUUCUCACUUGACUUGUAUAUGACUUAAUCUUGAUCUGAAACAACACAUCAUUCAUCUCGGCUUUUAAGAUUUGGACAGAUGAUUGAUUUUAGAAGAUUGGGGAUACGUUUAAAAUACUUCCCAAGCUCUUUGCGAUCAUGCCACAGCUGCUCAGUAUCCACCAUUUUCUAUGGAAAUGAUGACGUUCUUAGCUCGGCAUGGUUCGUUCUGUUUCACUAGGAACACCACUUUUGUUGGUUAUAAGUGAGAAAAAAAUGUAGAUCCCAUUUCAUCCAUUUAUAGCCCAGUGAUGUAAUGGGUCACUUGUCUCUUUGUUCUUAGUGAUUGGCCUGUAGGAUAGAGGCGACUACGCUCAUUCGGUUUUCUCGUUCUUGAUGGGAUUCUGAGAUUAUGUAUACCUGAAGAUAUUUCUGCAUACAUGUACACUUGUUUAUAGAUAUACAUAGAUCAGUAGAGAGAUGGAUCAAUACUUAGAUUGUAUGUGAGAAGAGUGAGGAUCCGAGUAUCAUGUUAUCGGGUUCUGAGGUCAUCUUUGCACAAGAAUCGCUAUAAACAGUUUAACCCCGGUUAUUACUGUGCAUAAAUUGUGGUUAAAUGAUUAAAAUAUUUUCUGAAAAUAAAUAUAUAUCGAUAGUUAAUUAUUUGGUUUCCACUUCAAUCUCCGAAUAAUUAGAUACAGGGCAGGAAGAAGACUGGCUUUAAGUUACUAGCGAGUUGGGGAACUUGACCAAAAUAAGUUAUAAUCAAAAGCAGACGUCGAUGAUAAUAAAAGUGACUUUUUAUUCUAUGUUUUAACUUUUUUAUGCUCACUUUCUAUUGCUCCAUGAAUCGCUAUCAUCAAAUAAUCCACGAUUGAAUCGCCAUCAAUGGUCAAAUUCUUUGGUUUGUAACGAUUUCUAGCUAUUUUUUUCCCAUCAAAUUAAUAAUUCCUUUUUAGGAACCAUCGAAGUGAUUUCAUUUACCUUUUAACUGUUCUAUGCCCACUUUCCUUUACCGCAUAAAUUGCUGUAAUCAGAUAAUCCAGGAUCAGAUCGCCAUGAACAGUGAAGUUCUUAGAUUUCUGGCCCCGUCAGGAACGAUCAGAGUCACCUUUUUCUUUUGUUUUUCUUUUUACUAGUUAACGUUGCUUACUGUUCCUGCACAAAUUUGCUCUAAAGCAGUCAUCAGAUUAUACACACAAUUAGAUUCCCUUGAAGGUUCCUUUCAUUCUUCAGUUUCCCCUCUUCUUCUUCUUUUUUUUCUAUCUUUUUCUUUGUCUGAUAUCACGAGAGAUAAUUCUUUCCAGGAUCUAUCCAAGUGCACCUCCACGGGGUUCAAAACUAUGGAGAACGCCCACAAGCCUCUGGUCCUGAAGGAGCUGAAGCGGUUAUGGAACAGGGAGGAUCCUCAUCUCCCCUGGGAGGCCGGCCGCUACUCCCCCUCCAACACCUUGCUCAUCGACGACUCCCCUUACAAAGCCCUCUGCAACCCCGUGAGUCUAUUUUUAAAUUAUCCCUAUUUCUAUCUAAAGAUAUUUCCAUUUCCUUUUUUGGGAUUAUUUUCUUUAAUAGUAAUAACUUACAAUUCAUUCAGCCACACACGGCUAUAUUCCCAACACCUUACGACUACAGGAACGUGGACGACACUUCUCUGGGUGAGUUGACUUUCUGGACUUUCUUUUCCACCUUCUUCUUCUUUUUUUAUUUUCUUUAUUUUUUAUUUUGGUUUAAGGAAGAAGAAAUCCUAGGUUAGUUAUUGAGCUGUGGUCGUCGAUCAGGUCCAGGGGGUGAUCUCCGGGAUUAUCUGGAGGGGCUAGCGGCGGCAGAGGACGUCCAGAGCUACGUUGCCUGGCGGCCCUUCGGGCAGCCGCCGAUCCUGCCCGGUUGCCCGUCAUGGAGUUUCUACCUCAGGAUCAUUGAGAGGAUGGGUGCGUCUCUCUUUUGUUCAGCUGCCCGGGCCUGA